UCAAUCAAUUAAAACAAACAGUCCAGUUGUCAGAAGUUGGAUAUCAAUAUUCAACGAAUAUUCAAUUGUAUUUUUCUACAUAUUAUUUUGGCCGCAUAUGUAUCGAUAUUGUGACUUUCAGACAUUUUGUCUGUGAGACAAUCACCAGGGCACAUUAUCCCAACUCUUUUGUUUGAAGAGAAUCCUCCUCUCAGUCAACGCUGCCGGGACUAAUUGUUAGAAAUGAGCAAGAUCUCAGCUGCGGUGUGAUUUAAAGUGGUUUAGUAGCUGCGGUGUGAUUUAAAGUGGUUUAGUUAGCAAAGCAGCAAACACCUUGUAGUUUCACUUCUUUGUUAGUGUCGGUCCUGCUGCCUGCCUGCCCCAGGCUUUACCAAGUCCUUCUUUGGCCUUGAAAUGGAUGCUUCAUUCGAUCAAGAUGUUGAUCGGGCGAAAACUUUCUGGGCCAAGGAAAAUGUGGACCACGUCUUCAAGAUCAUAUACAAGCACCUAAACCACCUGAGGGAAGUCCUGAAGAAGAAGACGGCAUCAGACAAAGAACAGGUUCAGGCAUUGAAGCUAUUUGACUGCCUGGAUUGGACGGUUCUGUCUUCUUCAGUGGACACCCCGGUGGUGCGGGUCGUUGUCGGUGCUGAUGAUGUACUGCAAAAAGAAAUUGCCACACCUCCCUUGGCAGCCACUUCUCCUGCAGGCUGUGAGGAACUGCUGCCUCCUCUUGAGCCCGCUCAGUUGCCGUACCACCUGCACGAGUGCUGCAAGAGCUGCCUGCCUUCUUUACCUGACAUGUUCCAGUCCACACCGCCAUUCUGGGCCCAGAACCCGCUUAUGGCCCCACUGCUUUGCAAUUUCAGGAGGAUUUUGGCCAAAAAAGAUCAGCAGACAGAUUUUUUAACCCAGGAAAAAUAUGAAGGCUGCUGGGAUGUCAUUUACAAAACCCCGUGUGGGCAAAGCCUCCGUAACCAUGACGAUGUGAUGCGCUUUCUAUUGGCCACAGGGAGCUACGACGUACUGCAGCUAGACUACUUCUCCUUCAACAUGGCCGUGCAGUUGGAUCCUUCUGAAGUGCAGAGUCCCCAGCUUCCCGAGAUAGACCUGAGUCGUGGCUCUGAGCCAACGCCCGUGGAGCUGUGCCUCGGGCCCGGCGAUACCCGGCCAGCGGAAUUCCGCUACAGGAAGGAACGAUGGCCGCACGGCUGCUUCUUGAGCCGCGGCCCCGUGUUCGAUGCCUGUUGCGACUGCCCGGACGGCUGUUUGGACGCACGACGCUGCGCCUGCGUUGCCGUGACGGGAGCUCAGCGCAAUUAUAGCCAUCAAAGGCUGACCGAGCCUUUGCCACUCGGGUUGUGUGAGUGCGGGCCGUGGUGCGCCUGCGAUCGCGCACGCUGCCAAAAUCAAGUCGUGCAGAGAGGAAUCAGAGUCCGUCUUCAAGUGUUCUGGACAGACCGUUGUGGCUGGGGUGUGCGUUGCCGUGACGACUUGGACGCGGGCACCUUUGUGUGCAUAUUUGCAGGUGUGAUCCUGCAGCGAGCCCAGAGACCCGUCGAGCCCCCUCCUCCUAAACUGACCAGAGUGGAUCUGCCGUCAGACGACGAGGUGGAGGUGGUGACGGAGUGGCUGGCACCCCCCGUGCUGGAAGGGAGCACCUUGGAAACACCUGCACCCACCUCGCCCCCGCUGCAUGUUCCAGUAAUCCAGAGAGCCGCGGAGGAAAAGUCGGGGAAGAAGAUCUCUGUGAUGACAGCAAAUGCUGCUGGGAAUGGCAACAAGAUGGAGAGUCUGAAGAGUUCAAACAGAGUUCCAAACCCCGCUGAUCUUUAUUUCUUGGAUGCCACCAGGGAAGGAAACGUGAGCCGCUUCUUCAACCACAGUUGCCAGCCAAAUCUUUUCAUCCAGAACGUCUUCACCGACUCCCAAGACCCCGACUUUGCCAUCACCGCUUUCUUCACCAGCUGUGUGGUGAAGGCAGGCACGGAACUCACCUGGAAUUACUCAGCUGACAGUCACAUCCCAGCAAAGCAUGAACAGGAAGUGGCCUGCAUGUGCGGCAGCAGUUGUUGUGGAGGCACAUUCACGAAGGAGAAUUUCCGUGACGUGACUUCUUCUGGAUGUGAAGAUGCUUGUGAGCCCACUUGAUCAACGCUGCUUGAUUGUACUACUUUUUCAAAUAAAACACUUUUUCAUCUU